UUUUGAGAUGCAAGCUGUCGCUCGGCCGACUAUUUGUCUUGAGGUGUGGGCAAAAUUAUGCGUUACUCGCGCUAGCUAUAGUGGCAGCAAACUUCACAACAAGCAGCAGUUUGACAAAUAGUGAACAAUUAUGCUUGCUUCAAGCCACUCCCAGUUGGAGUUUAUGUAAACACGAAACAUAAAACAAAGAGAAUUACCUGUUGUGUAACUUUGUCUUACGAAGGUCCUCUAGGUCAAUGAUAACACAUAAGCAUACAGCAUACAAUUAUAUUCUUUAUCCACGGUGAAAAAUGACUAAUACUCUAUUCUCUGUUUCAUCAUCAAAUCUGUGUGUAGUAUAUUUGUGUAUUACACUCCCUGGUGGGUAAUGCACACACACAGGAAAGAGCAGGACAAUGCCCAUUGAAUUAUCAUGAAACAGUGUUUUUCUUUAUAUUCUAUUUUGUUAUUACCGUGUUUUUAAAAAGUAAAGUAAUGUAGAAUGCUAGUUUUCAAUUUUUUUUUCACCAAACACAAACCUUUAAGUCAAGGCACCACUGUAUUGCGAUUGCUAUGUCACAAUAACAGUGCUCAGUUUUCUUGCUGUUGACAGGAAAUAAGUGUAGUUAUAGCUAUGCUUUGGAUACUUAUACCCCAGUAGCGUGAGCGGUCAUGUGAAAAAUCCCAUGUGAAUAAACACCUCCUCGUCCAGGGGCAAGCAACGCAACUUGCCUCAACCUAAUUGUCUUUCUCUGCUCGUAGUGUCCUCAAAUGACUUUCUCCGUCUGUCUCAGCAACCUCCCCACCCUCAAACCCCACCCUCCCCUCCUCUCGACUCUCUCCAGCUCUGCCCACUUUCUGACUCUGUCUGUAACUGUAGCCUGUUUUUUUUCCUCUCCCUCCCACUCCCUGCGACGUAUAGAUACUGCAUUGAUCCGACACACACACAGACACACACACGUGAGCCUCCCACUCCUUUCAUCAUUGAUUCACACUGCUCUCUCUUGCUCUAUCUAUCACGCAUUCUCUCUGUCGCUCUCUCUGCACUGGCACUUGUUGAAUCUACGCUUCGUGAGGAGGACGGAGAGAUGGGAAAGCGGCGUAGCGCUUAUGACAGGCAGACAGGGGGAGUCUUUACAGCACGGAAUGGAAUACCGACAUAGAAGACCGAUUGGAAACGGAAAAGUCAGUCAUGCCGCAGAGCAAAAGAGAAUCCUGUCUUUUUCAGGGGGAUUUAGUAGGGAUGACACUUUAAGAGCGCACGUCAAACUCCGAUUUUGGGACUUCACCACUGCCAACCAGUCAGCCAGCCGCCGCUUUGUCUGCAUGUCGACUGCGAAGACUGUCUGAGCACGUUUCACUGCAUUAGUGCAUGACACUGUUAUGUGCUGCUUUCUCCAGAUUCCAUUGCUCACUGGCGCAUUCUGCUGUCCAUAGCAGAAUUCUCCUGGUCCAAAUAUGUCGCAGCUGCUCCACGUGGAAAUCCCAAACUUCGGUGCCACGGUACUGGGGUCUCUGAACGAGCAGCGUUUGUUAGGACACUACUGCGAUGUCUCCAUCCUGGUCAAAGGCCAGGCAUUCAAAGCUCACCGGGCAGUGCUGGCUGCCAGCAGCCUGUACUUCCGCGACCUCUUCAGCACGUCCACAAAGACCCAGUUCGAGUUGCCCUCUUCGGUCACACCGGCAUGCUUCGAGCAGAUUCUCUCCUUCUGCUACACGGGCAAGCUGACCAUGGCAGCGAGCGAGCAGCUGGUCGUCAUGUACACAGCGGGCUACCUGCAGAUCCAGCACAUCGUGGAGCGCGGCAUGGACCUGAUGUUUAAGGCCAACUCGCCUCACUGCGACUCACAAACGGCCGGCACCUUAGAGGAGACUGGUUCGGAGCCGCAGAGUCCGUGCAACAAUGGCAACGGCCUGGCAGUGGCAGCCCUCCUGGCGAACCCCGGAUGGUCCCCAUCUCUCCUCAUGCCGCCGCGCAAGAUUAAACUAGAGGGUGGCGAUCCCACGCCCCUCACCAUUGCAACCACGCAAGGCAAAAUCUCCUCCUCGGAGUUGGGCAAUCGACUGGCGAGGGCGAGUUCGCUCUUCUACACCACAACCGGAGGGACCACCAUCCCCGGCGUUCCCCCUUACCACCUUCUGGGUGCCAUGGGAGGUGGUACAGGGGGCGGAGCGGCGGGUGAGCGCUCAAGUCCUGGUGAAUCCAGUCUGCCCACUACCGACAGUCCCACGUCAUACCAGAAUGAGGAUGAAGAGUUUGAGGAAGAGCCCUAUGAUGGAAUGGCGGAGGACAGCUUCGGUCACCUCUAUGCACGUUCAGGCAACCCCUAUGGCAUGCCAGACAAGCCCGAGAUUGCAGGCGUGCCGCUGGCCUUGGAGAACCGCAACUGUGUGCUGAUCCGUCGGGACCUGGUGGCACUACCCGCCAGCCUCAUCAGCCAGAUCGGCUACCGAUGUCACUCCAAGCUCUACACCGAGGGAGACCCCGGGGAGAAGCUGGAACUGGUCGCCGGUACACAAGUGUUCAUGACACGAGGUCAAUUGAUGAACUGUCAUCUUUGCGCCGGAAUCAAACACAAGGUCUUGCUGCGUCGUCUGUUGGCGACGUUCUUUGAUCGAAACACUCUCGCCAACAGCUGUGGGACUGGUAUCCGCUCCUCCACCAGUGACCCCAGUCGGAAACCCCUGGACAGCAGGGUCCUCAAUGCUGUCAAACUCUACUGUCAAAACUUCAACCCUAACUUCAAGGAGAGCGAAAUGAAUGUGAUUGCUGCUGACAUGUGCACCAACGCGCGGCGCGUCCGCAAGCGCUGGCUGCCCAAAAUCAAGUCCAUGCUACCCGACGGUAUGGAGGUGUACCGCACCGGCAUGGCCAUGGGCGCAGCCGUGCCAGUGGGCCUGAACCUUGGCCUGGGCUCCAACCCGCAACAGGUGGCGCUUCCAUUCGAGGCUGACUUCAAGAGCUUCGAGCAGAGGCUGUACCCUGAGCGCAAGGACCCCCUGAGGACUCAUCCGUCGCUGGCCAACGGCAGCCCGGGCUCGGCAGCGGCGGCUUCCGAGGCGGAAGGCGGAGGAGUCCAGGAGGAGCAGGAGGAGGACGAGGAGGACGCCGGCUUGGAGACUGUCGACGCCUCGACAAAUUUGAUCUCCAACGGCGGCGAGGCGUCUGCUUGUGGCGACGCGCCGACCGAGCAAGAAGCUUUUGGACAAGGGCUGAGGGUGAACGGACAGUGAAUGUCCCCUCGCAACAUGUUUGUGAAGUUAUGCUUAACCUUUUGCUUGUUCUCCUCCGCCAUCUUUCCUCUUCUUCUUCUUGUGCUUCCUCCGCGGUGCAAAAAGCUUGUGAUCGUACGCCAGGGGAAUUUGCUGCACGUGUACGUGCACAGAGGCGCUUUUGUGCAGCUACCCCAUUGUUGACUUACAAAAAGCGCUCCAAGCAGACACAGGCAUCAAGAUGGUGACUAUCCUAUACUUCACCUUUCACGUAUUCCUCUGAAUUUCACCUUGACAAAUAACAAUGUGACUGGCAUACAAAAGCGCCUCUUUUGCCGGAGCUCUAGAAACUUUUUACAAAGUAGCAAGGAAUUAUUUAAUAGCGAAAAGUGAAAUACACGCAACAUCAAAUGUUCACACAGUACCUGAAAUCAAGGAAAGAACAUAUUUUACUACCUAGUGUUAUCCCUUGGUGAUUGUAUACAUAGUACAGAUAUUUUUUUUGUGUCCAUAUCGCAUUCAAAUUUUCAUCACUGGCCAGAAAUUUAUGAGUUGUGUGCGGAGAACACGCUUUUAUUCGGCUCAAGUUAAUAUUUUGUGUACUUUUCACAAAAUCUGAGAUCUGAAAAUUGUAACUUUUUCCAUAUUCAACCAUUUCUGAUCUUUUUUGCCCAGAGAUCAUAGUUCUCAUUUAAACAUGUUCAAAUUUCACGUGAAGGUAACAGGACUUGAUCUCAGCGUUCGUCAAAAAUGUUAACUUUAUUCAUAGUUAGCCGUUAUAGUGAUAUUUUUUUGUGUGGAAAGAUCACAUGAAAAAUUGGUGUGUUGGUAACAGUGCUUGAGAGAUCUCGUUUCCCAAGAAUGUUAACUUUCAUCACAGUUAGCCGUUUCACGAUAUUUUUUGUGUGCAGAACACUUGUCACAUUUUUAUUUGUAUAGUGUUAAAAUUUGCCAUGUUUGUAACAGUACUUGAGAUCUCAACAUCGGCCAACAAUUGUAAAUUUCUUCUUAGUUAGCCAUGUCCGAUUUUUAUCAUAGUUUUUAGAACAGGUCAGUUUUAUUUGGAUCACGUUUGUGCGUGGAGCACAUAUCACAAGUUUCCUUGGACCAUUAUCAAAUUCUGUACAGUACCUGUGAUCUCAACAUUCUGUGUCAUAGUUUGACGUUCCCGCUAUUUUUUGUGCGCAUAACACAGGUCACGUUUUUUGGGGGGUCGGAUUAAAGUUUUGAGUGUUUGUAACAACACCUGAGCUCUCAACGUGGGCCAAAGAAUUGCAAUUAGCAUUCUUUUUUUUGUGUGUGUGUGUGUGUGUGUGUGUAUAUGCGUGUGUGUGCACCGAUCCAAGGUCACGGUUCUAUUUGGAUCAUGUUCAAAUUUUGCAAGUUGGUAAAAGAGCUUGAGAUUUCAACCUGGGCCAAAAAUUAUCUCUUUCUUCAAUUCAUGAAGUUAUAACACUUGAUUGCAUAGAUUCAAUGUUAUUUCAAUGUUGAAAGAGUUAUAUGGUACAUAUACAAUAUCACAAUGAGAGGAUGCCCUAUGGGAUACAACCAUGCAUUUCUUGUUUAUUUAUGCUUAUAGUGCCGUAUCAGUGUGACGAUGCCUAUGUCUGCUUUUGGAACGCGUUCGCUGACCCCACAGACACACACACACACACACACACAGUAUAAAUGCUAGGCAACGCAUUGAAAAAAGAAAAUAACCACGCACUGCAACAAUGCUUUUGUACAACAGUAAUCUUGUCUUGGGGUAAAAGAACAUGCACUAAAUGUUACAUUGCAUGCAUGAGUACCAAGGGUGGCUGAUUACCAUCCAGUCUAUAGAAAACUGCAAGUAUACAAGAAAAUGACUGUGUUGGGGUUAUUUUUAAUUGUAUUUUCUAACUGAGAUCUUACCUCUGCGUGCUCUGUGUUGUCACCUGGGUGUGACCCAGAAGUGACUUGUGUUUGACAUGAUCAACGGUGCGCGCUGCCAGCCCGCCUCGACGGGGCGUGGGAGGUUUUUCUGAUCGAAGCCUUGUUUUACCUUUACAUCCACAUGAUCCUCCUUCCAUCCUAUUGUAUGUUCUUGCCCCCCCCCCAGAGGGGUAGGGCAGGUAAAUUAUCGACACACAGCUGGCUUCUUACAUUUGCACUCUAAAAUACUUUUUAAAUCAUUUUGCGAAAGAUGUGACUGAAUCUGAGACUGAAAGUGGUCUCCUGUUGGAAUGAAAUUUUUUUUUUUUUUAAAAGGAGGGCGAUAUCAAAUAUGGAUUUAAGAGCUAUUUAUUUGUCUUGCACAGAUGCUUUUCUAUUUCCAUGCUAUCUAAUCCCAGCCCGUUUUACUUAUUCAUGUCCCCAAUUCAUGUUAAAUUCUAAUUUAACCCCCCACAAUAAGAUUAGUUAAGACUAACAUUUUCCCCCGAUGCAAAAAUAAUUGCAAUAUCCCGAGUAUAUUUGUGUUUAUUUCUGAAAGACGUGCCAUUUGCAAGCAUAUUUGGAGGCGAGCUUUAAAAUGGUCCUGCACAGGGAGUACAGGGUUGUAAUUGCACUAUAGGUAAUGAUGAAAAUUAUGUUUACAGUGUCUUUUUUUUUGUUUUUGUUCAAAUGUCACUUAGAACAGAGCUAGCAAGGCUAGAAUGGCUUGAGAGGCUGAAUGUAAACUUUUAGCUCUGCUUUAGCAAAUGUUCCUGAACGGUCUUCCAAUAUAGGUAGUCGUCAGCCUUUUUCCCCACCUGACAAAAUUUGAGCGAGGUGCAUCUGCUGCUUUUAGCACUCCUAAAAUGACUUGUACACAUGCUUUUUGUGAAUUUGAAUAUUGUAGAAAAUGUUGUUUAUUUCACUACUGUAGUUCAAUUCAAAAAGAGAACCCAUAACUAUGAUUUUGUUUUGUAUUGAUGAUUAUAGCUAAUGAAAACUCCAUAUUCACCAUUUCUUUAAAUUACAUUAUUACAUAAUAAAAAUGAUUUAUAAUAUAGAAAUUAGGAAUUGGCCUUCUGAAAGGUGUUACUACAGUCCUCUCCAAAAGCAUUUGAAUGGCAAGGACAAGUCCUUUGUUUUUGUUGUAUACUGAAGACAUUUGGGUUUCAGAUCAAAAGAUGAAUGAGACGAAAGUUCAGAAUUCCAGCUUUUAUUUCAUGGUAUUUACAUCUAUAUGUGUUAAACAACUCAGGACAGACCACCUUUUGUUUGAAGCCACCCACUUUUCAAGUGAGCAAAAGUAUUGGAACAGACAUUAGUAAAUUAAUUUAAAGUGAAUAACAUUUAAUAUUUGGUGGUUUGGUGGCAUAACCCUUAUUUGCGAUAACUGCAUCAAGCCUGCGACCCAUUGACUUCACCAGAUUGUUGCAUUCUUCAUUUGAAAUGCUUUUCCAAGACUUUACGGCAGCCUCUUUCAGUUCUUGUUUGUUUCUGGGAGGCUCUCCCUUCAGUCUCCUCUUCAGGAGGUAAAAUGCAUGCUCUAUGGGGUUAAGGUCCGGUGAUCUACUUGGCCAGUCUAAGACCUUCCACUUUUCCCCCCUGGUGAAGUUCUUUGUUGUGUUUGCAGUGUGUUUUGGGUCAUUGUCUUGUUGCAUGAUGAAGCUUCCCCCGUUGGAUGCAUUUUUUUCUGUAAAUUGUCAGACAAAAUGGUUUUGUAGACCAGAAUUCAUUCUGCUGCUACUAUCAGGCAUUACAUCAUCAAUAAAGACUACUGAGCCUGUUCCAGAAGCAGCCUUGCAAGCCCAAGCCAUGACAUUACCUCCACCAGGCUUGAGAGGAGGUGUGUGUUUUGGAUCAUAAGCAGAUGCUUUCUUUCUCCAUGGCCUUUCCAUCACUUUGGCAGAGGUUAAUCUUGGUCUCAUCAGUCCAUAAAAGUUUGUUCCAAACCUUUUGUGGCUCAUCUCUGUAUUUUAUUGCAAAAUCCAAUCUGGCCUUAUAAUUCUUUUUGGUGAUGAGUGGUUUGCAUCUUGUGGUAUGGCCUGUAUUUUUCUUCUCUCAAAGUCUUCUUUGAACAGUGGAUUGUGGUACCUUCACCCUUGCCCUGUGGGGGUUGGCAGUGACGUCACUGUCUGUCUUUGGUUGUUUCUUCACAGUUCUCACAAUGUUUCUGCCAUCAACUGCUGUUGAUACCCUUGGCCGACCUGUUCGAUGUUUGUUGCUCAGUACACCAGUCGUUUUUCUUUUUCAGGACAUUCCAAAUUGUUGUACUGGCUAUGCCCAAUGUUUGUGCAAAAGCUUUGAUUGAUUUUUCCCUCUUCUCUGUUUCAAAAUGGUUUAGAUUUCUCCCAUAGGCAGCUCUCUGGUCUUCAUGUUUGCGUAACAGCAAAUGCAGGUUUCAGAGGUAAAACCCAAAUCCAAAAACAAGAACUAUUUAAUGUUUAAGCAUCAAUCUAGAAGUUAACACCUGAGCAACUAGAAACACCCAUCGGUUACAUGGUCCAAUAUUUUUGCUCACUUGAAAGGUGGGUGGGUUCAAACAAAAGGUGCUGUCCUGAGUUGUUUAACACAUCUAAAUGUAAAUACCAUGAAAUAAAAGAUGGAAUACUGAACUUUUUUGUCUCAUAAUCAUCUUUUGAUCGGAAACCCAAAUGUCUUCAGUGUACAACAAAAAACAAAAUAAUUGACCUUGCUGCUCCAAUACUUUUGGAGGGCACUUUAUGUGUUAAGUUAAUCUAUGAGUGUCAUUUUUUGUAGCGAGCAACUGAAAUAAAUGAUCUUUUCUACCACUUUCUAAUUUGAGAUGCACCUGUAUAUUUCCUCAAAUAAUGGCCUCCCCUCUAAUAGACGCCGUGUCUCAGUUUGUCACCAGGUGCAUAGGUCCCUUAAAAAACUCUCCCAAAGAAAAGGUCUUACAGCUGUGCACCAUGACUGCAAGCUUCAAGAAUGACUUCACCACUGUUCAAGCAGGUGUCAAUAGCCUCGUUCACACAGAGGGGAACACAAAAUGGCCACACAACAGAAGACCCAGAAUGUAUCCACCUUUUUACGUAGAACCCAGGAAAGUCGGGAAAUUUCCACAAUUGUGUGCUUUUGCAGAGCAACUCACAAACUUGAUUUGAUGACAUCAGCGCCAGCAUCUGAUGUGAUGUACAAAUACUCAGCGGACAGCGACAAUUGCUUUCAGUGUCAGAUGUUAAACUCCAGACUGCAGAAUUCUCUUAUCCACAGGUGACUUCCUGGCUCUUGUAUGGCUUUGACACUACCAACUUUGGCUUUAUACACAGGCGCUGCCUCAGAAGGUAGAAUAUUGUUGAGCCAACAUCGUCCCACCUCCCAUUCCACAUUGCCAGGUCGACAUUGCAAAUGACAGUGUGUUCUCAAUUGCUUUAUCUGGAUAAAUAAAAGGUAAAUCAAUUGGUGCCAUGUAUGCAGAACAGUGACACUGACAAAGGUAGACAAAUUAUUGCUUUUAACAAAGAUUAUGACUCUGAUACUACCUCUGAAGGCGGGAGAUUGCUAGGUUGACUUCAUCCCCCUUAUUAUGCAUUGGUUCCAUUCAUCCAGGCAAUGUUGGUUGCCAUAAUGCCUCUGAUACUACCUCUGAAGGUACCAAAACACGAAAAAAGACAGAUACCAGACUUUUGAAGGCAGUUUGAAAGCGGCUUUUAACACGGGUGCAAUCCCGCCCUGCCAUGGCUCUACUACCUCCAAAGGCGGAAAAUUGCCAGGUUGACUUUAGCCUCCUCAUUCUGUGUUGGGUUCCCAUCAUACUGAACAAAGGAACAAACAAAAAGCUGGAAAAAAUAAAUCUUUUACACCCAAUAUAAGUAGGGCUUUACACAAAGGUGGCAACCCGCCUCUGUUACUACCUCUGAAGGCGGAAAAUUGCCUGGUCAACUUUAGCGCCCCUAUUUCGUGUUGGUUUCAGUCUAGAGAACAAAGAAAUUGAUAAAAGGCGGUGUAAAGUGGCUUUCAACAAAUGUUUCAUCCCACUGCUGAUACUACCUCCAAAAGUGGAAAAUUGCCAGGUUGACUUUGGCCCCCUGGUUGAUUCCGUUUAUACAACAUGAAAAAUGAGAGAAAAACAGCUGUUUGACUUUUAGGGAGUGUAAAAGGGGCCAUACGCGCUGUCUGGCCUUUGUUACAGCUCUGUUACUACCUCUUAAUGUGGAUAAUUGCUGGGUCUUCUUCAUCCCCCCCCCCCAAUUAUAUGACUUUUUAUGUGGUGCUCUUCUGUAUGAACGACACCAACAUGGGGGGGGGGGGAAAGGCAGAAACGUGUUUGACGUUUCAGACAGUGUAAAAGGGGCUGCCUCUGUUGAGGUUCUGAUACUACAGUAGGCUACCUCGGAAGGCGGAAAUUUGCUUGGUCGACUUCGCACCCCCUCACAUCCAUCUGGUGGAGCCUAUCCCAGCUAUCGCCGGGCGGGAGGCGGGGUACACCCUGAACCAUUCGCCAGUCAGUCGCAGGGCAUGUGGAAACAAACAAACAACCAACCAACCAUUCGCACUCACAUUCACACCUACGGGCAAUUUAGAGUCUUCAAUCAACCUAGCAUGCACGUUUUUGGGAUAUGGGAGGAAACCCACCCAGGCACGGCUAGAACAUGCAAACUCCACACAGGCGGUGCCGGGAUAUGAACCCCAGUCCCCAGAACUGUGAGGCAGAUGUGCUAACCAGUCGUCCACUGUGCCUCACAUUCCGGGAAAAAAAAUACAUGCCCGAAGUACUGGAACAAUACUAAUCCUAUUAAAGCCCUGAAUAACCCUUGAAUAAAAGAACAGUCUUGGCCACUGUUUGAGGAAAUUCACUGGGAAUUCCCAAUGAAUAAUUGACCUGAUUAUUUUUUCUAUAUCUAUAUAUUACUACAUUUUGAGUUCCUUAAGUUGAAAAUUGGAGCCAUAUAUUAAGUGCAUUUUGUGUACACCAGGCACCCAUUAUUUUAGUGGAUGAUCAAACCAAGUAAGAUUAAAUGAUAUAUGAAAAAACAAUGUAUGGAAAUGCUACACUGUGGUAAAGGGGUGUGAAGCUGUGCCUUAGACUGUGACUGUGCGUGCGUCAGUGAUGCACACCAAGACUGACUGAAUUAAAUGCAACUUUAUUUUAUUUUAUUUUUUUACUAAAGCUGUAAUUUUACUAAACCUGACCUCCAAAAUGGCUUUUUUUUUUUUUUUUACCCAACGUAAUAUUGGUAAUGGCUGAUCAUGUUUUUUUAAAGGAGAAAAGAUUGGGCACCAAUACAAAAAAAAAAAUCUGUGGUACCACUUUACAAUAUUGUAUUUUUGUUUUUUUGUUUUUAUGAAAUGGCUAGAACACACUUGUAAAUGGCUUGUCUUAAUAAAAAAAAAACAACUGGGAAAGUUUCCAUGGGACUAGAUAUUGGAAAAAUUAUAAUUAUUACAUGUUACAGCUGCAAAUAAUAAACAGUAUUGCAUAUGAAUAUACAUUUUGUUAAGAAAAUAAGCCAAGAAAUACAUUUUAAACAAUAUUUUGCAGAUGUUUCCACUUAUGACAAAUCAAAAUAUUCCUGAUGGUUUCAUUUAUUAAUUUAAAGAAAUAUAUGAAUACAAUUCUAAUUCUCAUUUGACAUGACAAAAUAUUAACUAUUUCCCAAAAUGUCGAAAUUUCUAAAUGUGUUUUUAAAGAUAUUAAUCGACCAUAUUUGAACAGCAAUAUGAAAAAAAAAUACAUUUUAUUAUAACAAACUAGAGUAUUGCAUUAUAAUAAGAAUCUUCAUGAAUUGAAACCGUGUUCAUUCAAUAAUAACCCAUGUAUAAACUUUUCCGGUGUAUUGUAAAGUGGUAUCAGCUGAGAACACCCUUUAAAAACAAAACAAAAAAACAUUUUUAAAAUCAUGUUUCCUCAUGUUUAUUGUCACGAUAACCUGAGAAUGUCAUGACGAACUUUGUACUGACUGAAAGAGAAAGAAAGCCCUGAAAGAUUUUUCUGAUCUAUUUAAAUGCUCAUUUUCCUCACUUUUCCCUUCAGAUAACUUACACCCACUCGUUCAUUGAUGUACGUAAAUAAAGGGUGGUGUAAGGCUUCAAAAAACAAAGUUGAUAUGCAAAAAGAGGGAGCGCUUGUACCAUCAAGAUGCAUGCCAUUCAAAGCUAACCCGAUGAAACCUCUUGACCUUUUAUGCACCGUGUAUUAAUGCUACUUUAAACACAAGACUGAAGUGUCGCAGCAGGCUGGCUUUUCUUCUUUUCUUGUCACAACAACACUUUGUUGGGCCUUUUUAGUGAAUGUUUUUUUGUGUACAGCGAGAAGAGAGCGCAGGGAAUAUACGUCAGAUAACUCCCUGGUGGUGCAUUUGAAUCUUCAGCAGACUUUUGAGGAAGAAAAGAAGAAAAUGCACGCAAAUGUUUGAAUGUGUCUGUAUUUGUCCUUGAACCAGCACUUUAGAGGGAUUUCAGGCAGGAUUUCCCAAACACUCAGCUCAAAGCGCAAAUUACCAAUCUAUGUCCUCCCGGGGACCGCCCUUAAAUUUUUCACUCUUUUUUUUUUAUGUUUGCUAAACUCAUCCCAUAUUGACAGAAAAAACCCAGAAUUGUUUACAUGUUUGCAGAUUUAUUAAACUGAAAUGUCACACAGCCAUAAGUAUUCAGACCUUUUACUCAGUAUUUAGUAGAAGCACCCUUUUGAGCCAAUACAGCCAUGAGUCUUUUUGAGAAUGAUGCAACAAGUUUCUUACACCUGAAUUUGGGGAUGCCCUGCCAUUUCUCCUUGCAGAUCCUCUCCAGUUACGUCAGGUUGGAUGGUGAACGUUGGUGGACAGCCAUUUUCAGGUCUUUCCAUAGAAGCUCAAAUGGGUUUAAGUCAGGGCUCUGGCUGGGACAUUUAAGAACAGUCAUUGUUGGGACUCUAUUGGACAGAUGAUGAGCAGUGCCUGGUUUUCUCCACACAUGCCACUUAGAAUUCAGGCCAACAAUUUCUAUCUCGGUCUCAUCAGACCAGAGAAUCUUAUUUCUCACUAUCUUGGACACCUUCAGGUGUUCUUGAGCAAACUCCAUGCGGGCUUUCAUGUGUCUUGCACUGAGGAGAGGCUUCCGUCGGGCACUCUGCCAUAAAGCCCCGGCUGGUGGAGGGCUGCAGUGAUGGUUGACUUUCUAGAACUUUCUCCCAUCUCCCGACUGCAUCUCUGUGAUCUUUGGGUUCUUCUUUACCUCUCUCAACAAGGCUCUUCACCCCAAUUGCUCAGUUUGGCCGGACGGCCAGCUCUAGGAAGGGUUCCGAUCAUCCCAGUCCAUUUCAUGAUUAUGGAGGCCACUGCGCUCUUAGGAACCUUAAGUGCAGCAGAAAUUUUUUUGUAACCUUGGCCAGAUCUGUGCCUUGCCACAAUUCUGUCUCUGAGCUCUUCAGGCAGUUCCUUUGACCUCAUGAUUGUCAUUUGCUCUGAGAUGCACAGUGUGCUGUAUGGUCUUAUAUAGACAGGGGUGUGGCUUUCCUAAUCAAGUCCAAUCAGUAUAAUCAAAGACAGCUGGACUCCGAUGAAGGUCUAGAACCAUCUCAAGGAUGAUCAGAAGAAAUGGACAGCACCCGAGUUAAAUAGGAGUGUCACAGCAAAGGGUCUGAAUACUUAUGGCUGUGUGAUAUUUCAGUUUUUCUUUUUUAAUAAAUCAGAUUUCAACCAUUCCAUUUUUUUUUCUUGUCAAUUUGGGUGCUGUGUGUACAUUAAUGAGGAAAAAAUGAACUUAAAUGAUAUUAACAAAUGGCUGCAAUAUAACAGAGUGAGAAAUGUAGCCCACUCACUUUAGACCUUACAUAAACUGAACAUUAAUUGGCACCACAUAACAUAAAGGAUACUGUUUAUCGAGGCUCACUUUAUACCCUUUGGGCCCCUGAUCCUCACGUUGGGCAACUGUAAUUUAGGGUCCCCUUCUGAAGAAAUGGUUUAUAAAUAGGUUACAUACAUAUUAAACAUUACUUUGAUGAUAACAUUAAAACUCAAUGACUUGAACUAGGGUAAAAAAAUAAAUUGGGAAUUGUCAAAGUAGGAGGCUUUUUUUUUUUUUUUUUAAUAAAUUGGAUUUUACAAGACUAAAUUACCCCUAAAUACCACAGUUUGGGCAUUCUUGAUUUAUAGAAAACCUAAAACAUGAAAUUUAUGGUCCUUUGUUAAAAAGAAAAAAAAAGUGGAAUGUGGGUAUUUUAAUGUGAUACAAAUAUGCAACCAAAUUUUGGCUUUGAUCAUCGCUGAUCCCCCCCCCCCCCCCCCCUCCCCCCCCAAAAAGGACCCUUGACCCAUUUUUGGUCCCCAACCCUCAGUUUGGGCCAUUCAUAUUUAGGGUCCCCAUGUCAAGAAAUAAUAUUUUAAUGUGUGAUCAAAUCCAUUUCAUCCAUAUUCCAUACCGCUUAUACUCACUAGGGUCACAGGCGUGCUGGGGCCUAUCUCAGCUGACUCUGGGCGAGAGGCGGGGUACCCUGAACUGGUCGCCAGCCAAUCGCAUGUGUUAUGAAAUAUGCAAAGAAAAUGCCCUUUGACCCAUAUAGAUUUCCUGAGCCUCAGUUGAUCGUUUAUUGAAAUAUGCAACAGUAUUUUUUUCUUCAAGAAUUGCUCAUCCUAUCGUAUAAAGCAAUGAUAUUUAAUGUGUUAGCAAAUAUGCAAUGGUAUUUCACUCUUGAGAGUUGAUGCUCCCCUCCCUUAAAAUGAAAAUGCCCCUUGACCCAUUAAGUGUCUGUGAGCCUCAGUUUUGGAAAUCCUGCUUUAAUUUAAAAGAAAAAAGAAAAAAACAGUGUCAUGGAAAAACGAGAAAGUCGCACCUUUUUUAAGCCAUGUAUUCUGAGCGCUGACAAUCAGGAUGUACUCUGGGAGGACGCGACGUAAACUGCUGUGCUCUCGCUUUUUUGCCGAGUCAUCCUCCUCUUUUGCCAAUCUAAUAUUUGGGAGGGAUGCAAAGAUGAUGCAGAAAGACUCAUUCUUUGGACUGAUUUCUUGGUGCUUUGGACCAGGACUCUUAAAAGCUCCACUCGGCUGACCUCAACAUGGAGAAAAGACUUUUGUCAUGCAACUCCACAUUUUAAUCAUGGAAGUUCUUCAUUCGCCAGCUUGGACCCAUCUUGAAUGGGACGAUUUCAGUGUUGCUUUUACAUUUUAAAAACGAUGAAAAAUGUUUAUGCGCCUUCUGACAGCAUUAAUAAUAAUUAUAAUAUAUAUACACAAGAUAAAAAUGCAAGUUGCCGUUUUUGAUGUUGCAUAAAAAAAAAAUGGAUGGUUCAUUCCCAUCAUGGUGUGUCCAAUCAUCACUUGUGCAGUCCAAGAUUCCUGAUUUCUUUCAAUGCAAUACAGAAAAAUCUGCUUUCUAAUAAAAAGUCCUUACUUCACAAACA